CUUCUCGCGAGAUUUUGCGUUGGUUUGUUGUCAACGAUACUGCCCAGACAAGUUGAUCAAAUAAAUAUUCCACUGCAACACAGACGAUAAGAAUGGAUGAAUUUCAAACAGGAGAGGAUACCGCCUUUGUUGUUGAUGAAGUGACAACCAUAAUUAAGGAGUCAAUAGAAGGUGCCAUUGGAGGAAACUCAUAUCAACAUAAUAAAGUGAACCAAUGGACAUCAAAUGUUGUAGAACAGUGCUUGAAUCAACUGACCAAAUUGGGCAAACCAUUUAAAUAUAUUGUAACCUGUGUAAUUAUGCAGAAGAAUGGUGCUGGUUUACAUACUGCAAGUUCCUGCUUCUGGGAUAACUCUACAGAUGGAAGCUGUACAGUAAGAUGGGAAAACAAGACAAUGUACUGUAUAGUAUCAGUAUUUGGACUGACGAUCUAAUCACCUUGUGACAUUGAACAAUUUGACUUUAAACAUCUAUGUACAUAAUGUAAACAAGGAUUUUAUUUAUGGAGGAGCAUUUAUAAUAUUAUAAUGGGAUGCUGGUGUACCUGACAAGCAGAUCAUUCCAAUGUGAUGUCAGACAUUUUUUUUCCUAAAAUAUUCUUUUCAUAAAUUUUGAGGCAACGUUUUGAUUUUCAUACUCAAGUGUAAUAUUAUUAAGCUAGAGCCCAAAAGUUAUCUGCUUGAGAUUUUUUUCCUUUCUGCAAUAUUUAUGAGCUCUUCCAACAAAAUAUGAAUAUUUGUACAUGUUAAUUUAUCAAAGAAAAUUAUUAUUUGUUUAUUUGUUUUGUUCUGUGAUAUUUUUACAUACUUUGUACUUAUUUGAUCAUUUAGUACUAACAAAUUAUUUAUUGACUUUGAACAAACAAGUGUGGUAAAGUAAUAUAAAUGGUAGAUUUUUACACCAAUUAACAUUGUUUGCAUGGUUGUUUGAUUCAUAGAUAAUUUAUGCAGACCUUUCUGUCAUUGUCAAAAAGAAAGCCAUCAAUACUAGCCUGUCAACUUGCUGUAUUUAUCAUAUUAUAGAAAAUUAUUAAAUUGUGUUCACAAAUUAAA